GGUAGGGAAGUGACUGGGGGAAGUAAACAACAGGCUGUUAGUACUUAUUGUUGUGUAUAAUGAAACGAGAAACCGGUUGUUUGGUAACUACGAAUCUUUGUUGCAACAUAUCUAGCACAAGUUCUGGAUGAAAUCAGCUGUUUACUGUCAAAUCGGAUUUAUUCCAGACAUGAGGCAUUGCUCUGCUUUCUUAGUCUGCCUGGCAGCAGCCCUGUCCUCUGCCAUUGUGAUUUCACAUCCGCACACGUGGACCAAACUGAUUCUGACCCACCAAUGGCCCACCACCUUCUGUGGCGUGGAACACUGCCAUCCCAAUAUUAGCUACUGGACAUUACAUGGACUCUGGCCAGAUAAAGGGAAUGAUUGCAAUUCAUCAUGGCAUUUCAACUCUUCUCAAAUAGAGGACCUGCUUCCAGACAUGGAGAAAAGUUGGCCUGACUUGCUUCACCCCGCAUCCUGUUCAUUCUGGAAGUACGAGUGGCACAAACACGGUACAUGUGCAGCCACAGCAGAUUCACUGAAUAGUCAACACAAAUACUUCAGCAAGGCCCUGGAACUAUAUCACAAAGUGGACCUGAAUAGCGUCCUGAGGAAGUUUGACAUCACCCCUUCAGAGAAAUACUUCACAUUUUCUCAGAUUGAAGGAGCCAUAGAGAACUUCUAUGGUGUCAAAGUUAAGAUCCAGUGCAUCCCUCCAUCAAAGAAUGACGAUAUCCAGAUUUUGGGACAGAUUGAAAUCUGUUUUGACCUUGACUUUACUCUGAUGGACUGUGAGAAACAGUUUACCAUGGAAGCAUCUAAGGGAGACUGGGACUAUCGCGUUGCUGUUGACAAGGCAUCUGAGUUCAGUGUGUGUGACCAUAAUAUGCCAGUUUAUUACCCCCCUCUGCCAUAAAACACAACAUGCAACAACACACUACAAAUAUAUACAUUACACUGCACAUAUAUAAAAACAUACGGUAGAAACUAGGGAUGUAAUGAUAUUUGCAAAUUUGCGAUAUUGCAAUUAGAAAAAUGUCCGGGUGCCGUCAUGGAACUGUGACAGUAUCCACCAGGAUAUUACAUAUGGUUAUUUCACUAGUAAAACUGCGUUCAGGUCACAGAAUUUGAAACUCGCAUAGUGAAUGGUCCAUCAUCACCUUUUAGACCUGCUGUGUUGCAGCAUUUCAGUUUUUUUUUUUUUUU